AGACUUUCGCACCACCCAGAGAUCGAGAGAGCCCCGUCACUGUUCCUGCCCAACGUCUUGUCCAUCUGCGGCUCGCGAUUCUGACCAACCCAUUGAAACUUUGCAAUUCUGACCAAGCUCGUUCAAAGCCUCACAGCUGACAAGUCCUCUCCUCUCUUCUCUUCAGAGUCGAAUCCGCCCGCCCUUCCCUCGGUUCCCGUUCCGGCAAGUGGCGUUCCGCCCUUCCUCCACGCGAUUCGCCUGCUACCUCCUCUACCCAUUGGAGCGAUCUUGCUGCAUAAGACGAGAGAUCGCGUCUCUCCUGAACCUCUCGCGCCGCCUCAGAUUCUAUAAGCUUCGGAAAGCAGCCUGCCCAGACAGAGGGUUACCAGACGCGACACCUGUCGAGAGACGCUAAGCUACGGACAACGCGUACAGCUGCCCCCCCAGCUCGUCCAUUACAACCCAAGAGCCGCCCGCCAUGCAGCAGAUCGCGCAAUCGCCGGUCCCUAUCUCCAUAACAAUCUGCGGCGACGGCGGAUGCGGUAAAUCGUCAAUCACGCUCCGCCUCGUCCGCUCGCAAUGGACGUCCGAGUACGACCCCACAAUCGAGGACAGCUAUAGCAUAACGCGCAAGAUCGAUGGCACGACCUACCACCUCGCGCUGACGGACACGGCCGGCCAGGAGGAGUACCGCGGCAUGUGGGCGUCCUCGAAUCUCGGCGCCGACGCGUUCCUGAUGGUGUACGACAUCACGGCCGCAGACAGCCUUGACCAGCUCAACUACUUCAACGACCUGAUCGACAUGGAGUCCGAGACCCGUCUUGACAACGCGUCUCGUGCUCAGAGGGCCGGCCUGGCCACCGGAGCCGCCAGUGGCGCGCGAACUGUCCCUCCCGUCAAGAUUGUGGCAGGUAACAAAUGCGACCUGCAAGAAGGGAGGCAGGUGCCGGCCGCGCAGGGCUUGGACUGGGCGCGCAAGCGCGGCUGCGGCUUCAUGGAGACGAGCGCCCGCAUGGAGGUCAACAUUGAGGAGACGUUUGCCCUGAUUGUGCGCAGGGUCGCCGAGGCGCGCAGGCUGGCCGAGAUGGGCGUCGUGGACAGCGCCGACAACAUGGGCCGGCGAGGCAUGACCAAGCCGCUGACGCCAAUCGGCAGCGAGCGCGAAGAGGACAUGGAGAAGAGGGGCGUAGGCCAAAGAGGGCCGCGCGUGGGCGGAGACCAGCGCCUCGGAAGGGAAAAGUUCUGGAAGAGUUGGCGGUGCUGGUGAUCCGAUCUCGAACCAUUGCCAUCAGAAAACGGGGGGGUUUGUUUUCGCGUCUAUACACAAAGAGCUUUUCUUUUAUAGCGGUCAGCAUCACUGCUUCUUCUCCUCGCUCGCUGCAGUAUUUCCUACAGAGUCGAGAUUGUAUAUACCACGGCGUUUGGACGGGUCUUGGAUUCAUCGGGUUGGGCUCAAAAGGACAAGGCCACACACACACGCACGAAAGGCUGAUCUAGAUCAUAAGACAAUAUACAUUGAAACCUUUCAGA